AUGAAGAAAUAUAUUCUGGAGAAAGGAUCUGAGGAAAUUGUUCUUAAAGCAAUGGGACGUGCUAUAAAUAAGACUGUAAUGAUUGCUGAACUGAUCAAGAGAAGGAUUGUUGGCCUGCAUCAGAACACUCUAAUCGGAUCAACUGAUAUAACUGACAUGUGGGAACCGCUAGAAGAAGGCCUUCUUCCUUUGGAGACUACUCGCCAUGUUUCAAUGAUCACAAUUACCUUGUCAAAGAAAGAACUGGAUACAUCCUCCACUGGAUACCAACCUCCUAUUCCAGUUGAUCAAGUAAAACCUUUAAAUGAAUAUGAAGAGGAAGGAGAAGGCUCACCAAGGAUGCGAGGAAGAGGGCGUGGGCGUGGUCGUGGAAGGGGCAGGGGUAGAGGAUUUUACAAUGGGGGUAUGGAAAAUGGUGAUGGCUGGGAUGGUGGACGUGGCUAUGGUGGCAGAGGGCGAGGCCGUGCAAGGGGUCGUGCUUUCCGGGGACGGGGACGAGGCUAUGGUGUCCAGCCGGUUGGGUACUAUGACUAUGGUGAAUAUGAUGCGCCACCUGCCCCACGUGGUCGUGGACGUGGAAGGGGAAGAGGCCGGGGACGUGUUCGUUAUGAAGGCCGGGGAGCAGCUGCUUGAUAUAUGAUGUUGGUUAUCAUGUGUAUGUUCUGUUAGAUGGUUGUCCUUCUGCAUAUCAUUUGCGUGAUCUGCUAAUAUUUUGGUAUUAUUUGCAACGUUCAAUGUUGCAGCCAUGUUCCUGCAGUUUUGUUUUUGUAGUUUUUCUUUGUAACCUCUAUAAUUUUGCCUAGAUCGGUAGGUGGAGUUAGAUAUAUUUCAUUUGUUUAAAUACUUAAAAGAAUUAAAUUGUAAAUUUUUUUAAUA